AUGUGCUCUCUGGAGAAGCGGGGUCGGGUCUACGUCCUCACCCUCACCGGCGAUGGCGAGCACCGCCUCAACCUCGCCCUCAUCGACGGCCUGCGGGCCGCCCUCUCCCGGGUCCGAACGGAGAUCGCCGCCGAGCCCCGCGGCGGGUUCGCCCUGGUCACGACGGCGGAGGGCAAGUUCUUCUCCAACGGGUUCGACCUGGCUUGGUCCCUCGCCGCCGGCUCCCCCGCCGGAUCUCGCAAGCGGCUGGAGCAGUUGGUCUCCAUGUUCUCACCCGUUGUAGCGGACCUAAUGGCCAUGCCGCUGCCGACCAUCGCCGCCGUGAACGGCCACGCCGCCGCCGCCGGGUUCAUGCUGGCGCUCAGCCACGACUACAUCUUCAUGAGGAAGGACCGGGGGGUCCUCUACAUGAGCGAGCUCGAACUGGGGCUGUCCUUCCCCGGCUAUUUUCUCUCUCUGAUGCGGGCCAAGUUUGCAGAUCCUUCAACUCUGCGGGAUGUUGUUCUGCGGGCUUCGAAGUUCCGGGCAGCGGAGGCGGUGGAGAGGAAGAUCAUCGACGCCGCAGUGGAGACCCCGGAGGCGACCCUCGAGGCGGCCAUUCGGAUGGGGGAGCAGCUCGCGGGAAGGAAAUGGGAAGGGAUGGUGUACGCCUCCAUACGGAUCGGAGCCUUUCCAGAACUCUGCCGGGCCGUGGGUUUGGUGGUGGAGGACGAAGAGAUGAUUAAGAUGUUCAACGCGAAGCUCUAG